AUGAAUCAUCUGCCAGUAUCUCGUACUGUGGCUCACAACUUGUCCACUGGUCGGAAUGAGAAAAGCCAGUCGGCCUCCAGAGCUGGUGUACUACAGCCAAGGUCCACGUCUUCUCCUAUACGGACACAGACCCGAGGAACGGCUACAUUUGUCCUUCCAAAGAGCGUGUCCGAACCCAUACUCCGACCUCGCAGUGUGCCCAGCUACGCUGCCAAUAGAAGAUAUGAUCCGACCCUACCGGGAGAUCGCAUUUCUCAGAUCACUCGCAGGGGGAUGCUGAGUAGAAGAAACAGGACUGACAUCAACAGUAAAACUACAAAACCCAUCCUUAAAACCACAACAAAGCUGCACCAAGAUCGGAGCAGUAAGGCGACAAGUCCCCAGGUGCCCGUACAGGAGGAGUAUGACCGGGAUAUUGUGAGCCCCUGGGAACUUCCCGAGGAGAUCCACAGAAUAUUAUACAGCAGCCAAAACUCCAUCAUCUCUCAGGGCUCAAUGGGUCUUCAAGACAACUCCCACAAUGCCAACCGGGACAACGCUUCUGAUAGCACUGGCAGCAUUCUCAGCAAGCUGGACUGGAAGGCAAUAGAGGAUCUAGUGGCCAGUGUGGAGAGUACAUAAGUGUCACAUGAGCUGUGCCAAUGGCACCGCCCAGAGAACUGU